AUGAGAUAUAGGGGCUCAAAGUUGACGGCGUGGGGACGUUCCAUCAAAGCGCGGCUCUAUCUUCUUCCAACGCACGCAAUCGUUAAGAGAAUGGCGGAUGAGACAGUUGAGAUUCAAACUGCAACUAGCCAGCACGUGGCUCGCCGCUCAAAACUCGACGAGCUUCUACAGUCGGUGGCAAACGGUGGUGCGACACCUCGGAGCAACUCGUGGAGCCGGGAACAGCAGGCGGAUAUGGAGGUCCACCAUCUCACACAAUCUGCUCGCUCGCCAAGAAGCAAGGCAAGUCAGGGCUAUCUGUCUUAUUCCGGGAGGCCCCUCUUUCCUUUUUUUUUCGUUGCGCGACUUCCGAUUCACGCGGUUUUUUUCUUGAGUUACUCUUACUUCUUACAAACCACACAAAACAAUUGCAUACAUAUUUCGUCCUUUUUUCGAUCCGACCUCCAGUCACCUGAAAAUGAUCAAAAUGAACUGAAAAACGCGUUUUUCAUAUAUUUAUGGCAAGUACUGUAA